AUGCAAGGCUUCAGCAUUCCGGACUACAAGUUGUGCCAAGAUGCGAAUCACGUAUACAUCGACGUCUCGUGUCAGGGCAUGACCAGCGAAGAUGGGAGGGCCAACAUUGCUGUCGAGGGAAGGAUCUUUGGGUUUCAUGUGGAACCGUACUAUUUGCCACUAGUUCUGCCUGGUACUGUGACCAGACCGCAUUCGGCACAGGAACUGGUGAGGAGGAUAGCGCAAGAUGCAGCGUCGAGCAGCUCGCAUAGUCAGGCAUGGCAGUUUCGAGUGACUCUGACCAAAGCGCAGCAAGGCGAGCAUUUUGAAGGAUUGGACCAGCUGCAACCGCAAUUGCUACCCGAGGAUCAGCUGAAGCAGGCGUUUGCGGAUGCUGAGCUGCAGAAGGGAUUCUUUCAGCCCUCGGAAAGUGGCGCAAGUACGGGUGCGGGUGCAAAGCAAGAGGACGAGUGGACCAACGAGGCGGCCAAAGCGCUUUUGCAGCAAGCACUACGCGAUCAACGACUGACCACGGUCAAUGAGGAUGAUGGAGAGGCGGCAAUCACUACCCCAGCGGCAUCUAGCAGGACGAAAGGGCAAAGCUCUUCGGGAAAAGGGUUUGGAUUUGGAUUCAGGAGCAGCUUCCAGGGCUCUCUCAUUCCAGCAGGAUGUGCGGAUAGAGGCAAUGUACUCGAGGUGUCGGAUCCGGAUUCGACAGAACCGGCCAAACGCGAACAAGUGGCGCUGGCUUUCGAAGAGCAGCGUUGGGAUGAAGGCAUCUACAUGGCUGAUUUCUUGGAUAUCGACGGCGAGUUGGCGCACCUGCUUCGCUUCCAGCCAUGCAUACCUCUAGGCAGCAGUUGCAAUACGGCAACUUGGGAUGCUAGUACGGAUAUCGAAGCGCUCGCCCUCAUUGUCCAAUUGCUGUUUGCGCUCAGCUACGACGACCGAACCAACCAAGGUGAGCCAACCGUCGAAUCUGGAUGGACGAUCGCCAAGCUCUCUCGUUCGCUGGCGGCGUCAACACUGCCGCAGACAGCAUCGACGCCUCUACCGUCUCCCGAAAGCGUAGUAGCCUCGACGCUGAUUGGAUGCAUGCGUAGAGCACUCACCGUCCCGCUAUACCGACACUGGGAGCUGGCAGAGAUGUGCAUCGACGACGCACUGCGACGAAUCGAAGCGGGCAGUGCUUACGUCGUCGAGUGUCUCGAUCAGAUCGCGACCCGUAUGGAGGAGGGGAAAGAUGCGAUUCUCUCUCGCUUGUCUGAGGUGUGGAUUGCUCCCCUUCUUGCUCAGCCACCGAGCCAAACGCAACUGGACCAGCUCAGCAGAGCCAUUCGAACUGUCAUCCGCCAAGGAAAUGCCAUCUCAAAAGAGGCAGUCGGAGGCGAAUCAUGGCAUCUCCAACUCUUGCAACAGGCAGCAGAACAGUCAUUGCAAGAUGGCCAAGGUGAAUUUGUAUAA